AGCCUGCCCUGCUUUAGGAUCCCGAGGACAAACGUGGGCGUUCACGGUGUCACGCUCACAGUCCCGUCACUGACUAGCUACAGCUUAACCCUGGCCUGCAGCUCAUGACCAGCAUCCAGGGGCAGGAUGGUUCUGGACGAAAGCCAGUGGGUCCCUGAGCGCGAAGGCACCGUCUCCUCCAAGCUCCUGCAGAAGGCGGGCGCGGCCCCGUUCGUGCCUGUUGGCAUCGGGGGCUUUGCCAUGGUGGCCGCUUAUGGCCUCUACAGACUGAAGGCCAGAGGAAAGAUGAAGAUGUCUGUGCACCUGAUCCACACCCGCAUGGCUGCCCAAGCCUGCGUGGUUGGAGCCAUCAUGCUGGGUGCAACCUACACGAUGUACCAAGACUACCUGCUGAAACCGGCUGCAGGCAGAGCCCAGAAAUAGACACGAGGAAGCUGCAGCGCUGGAGAUGGAGCAUCGACCACAGUAACUUCCCUUUGCAGAACCUGGCCCUGCAGUCCGGCACUCCUGGGGCUGCUGUUGUGCAUGUAACAAGUCCUGCUUUUCUGGUUUAUAAAGUUACAGUUAAAGGGAGGCUCGGCC